AUAGUGUAAUACUUGUAGUUUGCAGUAGUUCAGUAGAUAAGUAACAGUAGACAAACAAUAUAAAUAAAACGUAGCAUAGUUACAUUUCCCUCAGUGCCAGUUUGACAGUUGUCGUCAACACAUCUUAAGUUUUUUAAUAUACUUUUUACUGAGGUUUUAUAUUCUUUUAUUUAUAAUUUGAUUCCUGUUAAAUAAUCAGUCAUGAAGACUGUUGUGUUUAUGCUCAUGGUACUUAUUGGUACCAUACAGGCUAUUUCAGUUUACGAUCUUGUUAAAGAAGAAUGGAAUACUUUCAAGAUUCAACAUAACAAGCAGUAUGAAAAUGAUAUAGAAGAAGGUUUUAGAAUGAAAAUUUACAUGGAUAAUAAACAUAAGAUUGCUCAACACAAUGCUAAAUAUGAGAAAGGAUUGGUCUCUUACAAACUUUCUCUUAACAAAUUUGGAGAUAUGCUCCAUCACGAUUUUAUUCGUGUGAUGAAUGGAUUUAAUAAAAGUAUAGAUACAACUUUAAGAUCUUCUUUACAACGUAGUGGAGGUCUAAGCCGUGGAGCAACAUUUAUUCCACCAGAACAUGUUGAGUUUCCAAAAUCCGUUGACUGGAGACACAAAGGGGCUGUUACACCAGUGAAAGAUCAAGGCCAUUGUGGUUCAUGUUGGGCAUUCUCUACAACAGGAGCUUUAGAAGGACAACAUUAUAGAAAGUCUGGCGUUCUCACAUCAUUAAGUGAACAAAAUUUAAUUGAUUGUUCUGGAAAGUACGGUAACAAUGGUUGUAACGGUGGUUUAAUGGAUCAAGCAUUCCAGUAUAUAAAAGAUAAUAAAGGAAUUGAUACUGAAAAAACUUAUCCGUAUGAGGCAGAAGAUGACAAGUGUCGUUAUAAUCCACGAAACAGCGGAGCUGAUGACGUUGGAUACGUUGAUAUUCCUCAAGAUGAUGAAGAAAGUUUAAAAAAAGCUGUUGCAACAAUAGGACCAGUUUCUGUCGCUAUUGAUGCUUCCCAACGAUCUUUCCAAUUUUAUUCUGAAGGUGUCUAUGAUGAGGAGGAAUGUUCUAGUGACCAAUUAGAUCACGGUGUUCUAGUUGUCGGUUAUGGUACUGAUGAAAAUGGAACAGACUACUGGCUUGUUAAAAACAGCUGGGGAGAAAAAUGGGGUGAGAAAGGAUACAUUAAGAUGUCUCGUAAUAAAAACAACCAAUGUGGAAUUGCAUCCUCAGCUAGUUACCCUCUUGUUUAGUAUAAUCAUUUUUAUAUUUUUAAUUAAUCCAUUGGAAGAUUAUGAGAUUACUCUCACAAUAACUCAAAGAGAAACACUAAAAACUAUGUUUCUAUUAUCCAUGACGAUUAUUAUAUGAUAUUUUCAUUUUUAAAGUAUAUUUUACUUUGCAAUUAAUUUUUUAAAAAUACUAUGAUUUUACGAUUAUAUCAAGUUAAAAAUAAAUUUUUUUUAAAGAACUUUUCGUUAUUUAAAUUUUAAAAUUAAAAACUUAAACAUAAUGUAUUCUCAUAAAUAUAAAAUAAAGUUUUUUUUUAAAU